AUGGACCAAAAACUUUGUGUGGUCUGUGGAGCCAUAUCCAAAAUCAAAAUCUUUGGAAUUAACGUUUGUUCAGCUUGCAAGUCGUUUUAUCAAUUCUGGAAGCGUCAAGGACAAUAUCUCGAAUGUGCAAAGAAUCAAUCUUGUGAAAUCACAGAAAUUAUUCGAAGUUGUACUUUUUGUCGAUGGAAAAGAUGGCAGGAGAAAGUGCGCUUUACAAACGAUCCAAUAGCUCUACAAACACCUUGUUUUGUCUGUGGACGCAAUAUGCUUUUACACCAUCCUUCUGGAACCAACUACUGUCAUGCGUGCAGAGCUUUCUUCACAAGGAACGUUGGCAAGGUUCUUCACUGCGUUGAGAGAAAAAAACAAUGUGUAUUCAGUAGGAACAACCAGAAAAAUUGUGGUUACUGUAGAAUGAAAAAGUGUUUGGACGUCGGAAUGAAGGCAAGAGAGAAAGUGAUGAAUUCCAAGGACGCCGAAAAAUGCCGAAAAGUUGAGGAAAUCACCCAAAUCAUUGAAGAGUUCAAGGCAAACCAGGCGCUGAUUAGGCAGCAAAUUUUCGAAGGGGUACCGAUGAGUUUGUUCAUCAUCACCCAACCCAACAUCAGCCAACUAACCCAUCGUCUGAACGCUUGGCAAAUUUUCUCAAGCCAUAUGAACCAAGAAAUUUUGAAUCUCAUCUACUUCUCCAAAUCCAUCCUAUCCUUGGACCAAAUGACCGUUCAGGAUCAGCUGGCUUUGACUAAAAAGACUAUUUUCAAAAUGUACCUUCUCCAUGUGGUCCCUGUGAUUUCCCUAAAAGGCCUGGUCCUUCGAAAUGGGCAAUGCAUAGACUUCAAGUCUUUGGAACUUCUAUAUGGAAAUAAAUUGGCCAAGAAGGUUCUAGAAUUCUCAGAAGACGUGAAGCAUUUGAGCUUCUAUAAGGAAAAUCUGGUCCAUGUCCUUGCCUUGAUGCUGAUCCCAAGAUCCCAAGAAGUGCAAAAUCUAAUUACUGGAACAAUAGGAGAUUUGAUCUACAUCCAGCAUAAACUAGAUAUCCUUGGUGGGGAGCAAGCCAGAAGUAUCGAAUGGACCAAUGAAUCUCCAAUUCUCAAAUUUUUAACAAAAAAUUAUUGUUUCAAGAUUUGCAUUUCCCACUUAUGA